AUGCCACAACUGGAAAUGUCGAUUAAAGCGUCGUUACAGCGCUGGGAAUCCGCCAACCGAUUAACUGAGGCCGGUUUAAAAACGUUACAAAAGUGGUACAAUACAACAACUGGGCUGUGGGAGACGACUGGAUGGUGGAAUGGCGGGAACUGCCUUACAACCAUCGCCGAUCUUGCGAUUUUUGAUGAGCAGGCUGCUUCCGUCGGGCACACUGUUCUCCUUACAACAUUCGCCAAGGCACAGAAGGCGAACUUCCAGUUCCACAAAAGAAUUCUCCCAAAUGAAGAUAUCUUUGAGGACAUGAAUCGUGGGUGGGAUGACAGCCGGUGCGGUGGUGGUAUAUGGUGGGAUAAGAAUCAAACAGCAUUGGUUGCAAUUGCGAACGAACUCUUUAUGAGCGUGGCAGCGCAUCUCGCCACUCGAGUCCAUCACAAAGCAAACCAUUACCACAGGUGGGCAACAAAGGGAUGGUACUGGUUCAAGAAGACUGGCAUGAUCAAUGAACGGAAUAACGUAAAUGAUGGGAUAGACCUGAAGACCUGCCAGAACAACCGUGGGAUUGUAUGGUCAUAUAACCAAGGAGUCAUUCUUGGUGCGCUGGUUGAGCUCUCCAGGGCUUCCCCUAUCCCCGACUACUCCUUCAUUGCUCAAGCACACACCAUUGCCUUUGCAGCAAUCAACACCUUAGCGGAUGAGAAAGGCAUCUUAUACGACCCUUGUGAACCGGACUGCGGUGCUGACGGUCCCCAAUUCAAGGGAAUUUUCAUGCGAAAUCUUCAAAUAUUGCACAAAGUCGCCCCAAGAGUAGAGUACCAAAUAUUUAUCGAAGAGAACGCACGGUCAAUUUGGCAGAAUGCUAAAAACGAAAAGGACCAGUUUGGCGUGAACUGGGUUGGGCCAUUUGCGGGCCCUGCGCUUGCAUCGACCCAAAGCGCCGCACUUGAUGCACUGGUGGCGGCGGCAGCAAUACGUCGAUGA